AUUUUGCAAAAAAAGCGAACGCAUCUGAAGUAAAUGGCACCUCCAGCAGCAGAUAUCGAAGAUGAGAUUAAGGACGAGAAAAACCCUAGGCCACUUGAUGAAGAUGAUAUUGCUUUACUCAAGACUUAUGGUUUGGGGCCUUAUUCAACAAGCAUAAAGAAAGCUGAGAAGGAGAUCAAGGAAAUGGCAAAAAAGAUAAAUGAUUUGCGUGGUAUUAAGGAAUCUGACACUGGAUUGGCUGCACCAAGUCAAUGGGAUCUAGUUUCUGAUAAACAGAUGAUGCAGGAGGAGCAACCUCUUCAGGUGGCUAGGUGUACAAAGAUAAUUAGCCCCAAUACUGAAGAUGCAAAAUAUGUUAUAAAUGUCAAGCAAAUUGCUAAGUUUGUUGUUGGAUUGGGUGAUAAAGUUUCGCCAACUGAUAUUGAAGAAGGCAUGAGAGUCGGCGUUGAUAGGAACAAAUAUCAAAUUCAGAUUCCGUUGCCCCCAAAAAUUGAUCCAAGUGUCACAAUGAUGACUGUCGAGGAAAAACCUGAUGUUACAUACAAUGACGUUGGAGGAUGUAAGGAGCAAAUUGAAAAGAUGCGAGAGGUUGUUGAGCUUCCCAUGCUUCACCCUGAAAAAUUUGUCAAACUUGGAAUUGAUCCCCCUAAGGGUGUUCUCUUGUAUGGUCCUCCUGGUACUGGGAAAACACUGCUUGCCAGAGCAGUUGCAAAUCGUACAGAUGCAUGCUUCAUUCGCGUUAUUGGUAGUGAGCUUGUUCAGAAAUAUGUUGGUGAGGGGGCUAGAAUGGUUCGUGAACUGUUCCAGAUGGCACGCUCCAAGAAGGCCUGCAUUGUGUUUUUCGACGAAGUAGAUGCCAUUGGAGGUGCACGAUUUGACGAUGGAGCCGGGGGAGACAAUGAGGUUCAACGAACCAUGCUUGAAAUUGUUAACCAGCUUGAUGGUUUUGAUGCUCGCGGGAAUAUUAAAGUUCUCAUGGCAACGAACAGACCUGAUACACUUGAUCCAGCUUUAUUACGUCCUGGACGAUUGGAUCGCAAAGUUGAAUUUGGUCUGCCUGAUAUGGAGAGUAGGACACAGAUAUUUAAGAUUCAUACACGGACAAUGAACUGUGAGCGGGAUAUUCGGUUUGAACUCUUGGCCCGUCUCUGUCCUAACUCUACAGGAGCUGACAUUAGAAGUGUGUGCACGGAGGCUGGAAUGUAUGCUAUUCGAGCAAGGAGGAAAACUGUCACGGAGAAAGACUUUUUAGAUGCUGUCAAUAAGGUUAUUAAAGGGUAUCAGAAGUUCAGUGCAACGCCGAAGUACAUGGUCUACAAUUGAUAUAGCAUCUCUUUUUGGCUCUUGAAGAGGGGACAAAGGGCAUCGACAGAGGAACAAGGGGCUUUUCAUUUGAUCAAUGAUAAAUAUAGACCUCUGGUUGCUGUGUGUUUACUGCCUGGAAGUGUAGGAUCCCGCGUGCUUGUGCAUUCUAAUGUCUGAUGAUUUGUUCUCGGUACCAAAACUAGACACUAUUUCUCUGAUUAAUUUUUCUUUGUUUCAGCGUCUUCAUUUCAGUUCUGCUUCCAUUCAUAGAUUUGUAAUGUGCUAUAUACGUUUUGGUUCCCGCUUCUAAACGUCUUCAAGAUGUACAUUU